AUGGAGGCGAACGCGCGGGACGGUGAGGCGUUGCGUCGACGGGCGAAGGAGUUGGAGGCGCGCGUGGCUCGAGACCGCGAGCGCGUCAAGUCGUACGACAAGGUGAUCGCCGAGGGCGAAAAGUCGCUCGAUCGCAUACUCGAGACCUCGGAGUUCUUGUUAAGCGAGCUCGCGAGAGAGACGCAGGGUUUCGAGCUCGACGAGAACGAGACGGAGGAGUGA